ACCAUGGUGCAUUUUACUGCUGAGGAGAAGGCUGCCAUCACUAGCCUGUGGGCCAAGCUUAACGUGGAGGUGGCUGGAGGAGAGGCCCUGGGAAGGCUCUUGGUUGUCUACCCAUGGACCCAGAGGUUCUUUGACAAUUUUGGCAACUUAUCCUCUGACUCUGCAGUGAUGGGCAACCCCAAGGUCAAAGCCCAUGGCAAGAAGGUGCUGACCUCCUUUGGAAAUGCUGUUAAGCAUAUGGAUGAUAUCAAGGGUACCUUUGCUAAGCUGAGUGAGUUGCAUUGUGACAAGCUGCAUGUGGAUCCUGAGAACUUCAGGCUCCUAGGCAACAUGAUAUUGAUUGUCUUGGCAACCCAUUUCCGCAAGGAAUUUACCCCACAGAAACAGGCUGCCUGGCAGAAGCUGACAAUGGCUGUGGCCAAUGCUCUGGCCCACAGGUACCACUGA